CGCACCGUAAACCUGAGCCGAAAUGACGAAAGAUACUGAAUCGAGCGUCACAGACGGCAGCCAAAAUGAUACGUCGGAUACCCUGCGAUUCCGUCAACUAAUCAAAGGAGACAUCAAGCAAGACUCUCUGCGGGAGUUCGUAUCCUACACAGCUGAUGGGGAUCGCAUCACCCUGGUGGGCGCCAAGUCGGAUGUAAUCACCCUGGAGAUGACCAGCAAGGCCAGUUGCCAUGUGCCUUUUCCCUUUAUCGUCGCCUGCCUGGACUCGCCCGUAAAUGAGCGCCCUCUGGAUGUAUUGCACGUAGGGGUCAAUCUUGUGGACAUCUAUGAAAACUGUCAUGUGCUGGAGGCCCAGCAGCUCUCUCUAGAGCCAGUUUAUAUGACCAUUUGUUCGACAGAAGUGCCAGAGUCCAGACUCGUGGCCUCCCAAUGGUCGCCACAGAUCCUGUCCAAUGGACAAAUGCUAUUGGCCGCCUUGAACACCUAUGGAGCCAUAACACUCCUGUGCAAGCCCGCGGAACACACUCACUGGAGUCGACUGGACGGCCUGAAUGUGUCCACAACAUUGCGGGAUACUCUGCUGCCUGUAAGGAAUGUUUCAAAAAUACAGAACUUCAAGCAGUUUAAGGCUUUCAUAGAUCGCGCCUGGAUCACGAUGUUCACUUGGCGUCCUGCGAAUGAGCCCAAUGCCGGACAUGUCCUAGUCUUAGGCACAGCCAACGGCUCCUUAUGGAGUCUUACUUUGAGUUCUGAUGCCCGAACGUUGCUGCAACAUCGCGUACUGAACACCUCUUUGAACCGCAUCUGCUAUAUGCUUGCUUUCGAAGAUCUGCUGCUGGUGGGCGACGUAUCUGGAGUUGUUCAUCUCUACAGAUUUAACAACGAUGAAGAAUCCGGACUGUCUUUGAUACGGCCUGUGUGGGAGAAGGCAGAUCGCAUGGGACUUCAGAAGGCGAUAAUCUCGCGAUUCACGGAGCGAGAGUGCUACUAUAUAUCCCUCUGCAAGGCGGCAAAUCUGCUAAUUUGGUGCAUACCAUGGCAAGAAGGUAAUGAGUGGCUGCACACGCGCAUCUACGUAGGAGGCAUGAAGAUAACCGGUCUCUGUACGUUGGACAGUACCAGCUUCGCUGUAGCCACGUCAACGAGUAAGCUAUACCGUAUAAACCUUUCCCAAGAGGACAAGAAGCUCACUGCAUCCAUGCAGCCGGUAGCUAUAGAUGACUGUGAGGACUACCAGAUUAUUGGGCUGUUCAGCAGCAGACAGAGGAACCUCCUGACAGUGCUCUUCCACCCCAACAAGGAAUACGCGGGUAACAUAUACGCAACCUCUCUACGGAAUCAGCUUAAAUUACGCGUAGGCAAGAUCCACAACGGGAAUAUACUGACCAAGCUAGCAGACACCUUUCAACCUAACACGCCCAUCAAUCAAAGUACGGAUCUGCUGGCCGAGUUGCGCCUGGAGCUCUUUGCCACCAGUAAAAACUUGCAGAAAUACAUCAAUUUCCAUCGGUUGACGGCGUUCCAGUUUGACAAGGAGGCCACGGAAUCGCAACAGCAUCAGCUGCAACUGAAGUACCAUAUCAUGGCAACUAUUUUUCACCUGCGAGCGAAUCUUCUCUGGCUGACACUGCAGACGGAGGAAUCGCACAAGGAAAUGCAGCUGCUGCUGGCAAUGCUGGCCAUGACACACAUGAGACUGAGACUGAAGUACCUGUGCUCUCUGAAGGAACUAAGUCCGUUCCAGAAGGAGGCUGCGCAGUGUAUGUUUGCAGAGGCGCAACGCUUGAAAAAACUGCUGUUGGAAGACUCGCGCAAGGGGCUAGACUCCCCCGAGACGGAAAACUUGCCAAAUUCGAAGGGCACGCACGACAGGCAUUGCUUUCAAGAGGCGUUUGUUCAACAAAUGAAAAUAAACUUUGAUGAUUUGCAUGCCCAGCUGGGAAAAGAUGUGAUAGAAAUCCCCGAGGAAGAACAACCAAAGCGACGGUGCUGUGUGUCUUAUCUGCAGCUUCCUUUCAGCCUGGAUCGACGCUACUGCAGCCAGUGCAGUCGUCCUGUUUUGGUGGAUCAGGAGAAGCUGCUGCAGCUGUAUAAGCCAGGCUCCACUCUGCUGUGUCCUUGCUGUCAUGGAAGCUAUGCAUUGGAUCUCGCAACUGCGUGAACAUUAAAUUUAUUAAGUAAUUCCA